AUGGUUGCACUUCAGAGAAAGAGAAAGACCGAGGAAGGAAGCCCAAAGAAGGACCACAAGAAGUCCAAGAGCUCCUUGGUUACGUCAUCAUUCAUUCUUCACUCAUACUCGAAACUACCAGAUAUCAAUGAUUCUCCAAAACCAAAGUCCGUGGGGUUAGAUAUAUUUGUAUGGGGGUCUGGAUCCAUGUGUGAGUUGGGAUUGGGUCCAUCCGCCAGCACGAAAGAAGUGAAAAGACCUCGAUUGAAUCCCUAUUUGACUAAAGAGAAACUUGGUGGCACCCAGAUCGUGGACUUUGCUGUGGGCGGUAUGCAUACUUUGGCAUUAGACGGCAAGAACCGUAUUUGGUCGUGGGGUACGAACGAUAGUGCCGUGUUGGGCCGUGACACUUCAAACGCAAAAGAAGUGCUCAAAGAUAUGGAUGCAGCAGGGAGUGAUGGCGAUGACGAUGAUGAAGAUGGGGAUCUAAAUGAAGCAGAAUCAACUCCGGGUUUGGUGGAAAACUUUCCCAAGGAGGGAGAAAAGAUUGUUCAGUUGGCAGCAACAGACAACUUGAGCGCAGCCCUUUUGUCUAAUGGUGAUGUAUAUGCAUGGGGCUGUUUCCGGUGUAAUGAGGGUCUCCUAGGCUUUUUGAGGGACGAGAUAAAGAUACAAAAAACACCACUCAAAAUCAAAGAACUCAAGAAUGUAGUGCAAUUGGCUGCUGGAAAGGACCACUUGCUUGCCUUGGAUUCGAAGGGGAUAGUGUUUGCUUGGGGUAACGGGCAACAGUUUCAAUUAGGGAGAAGAGUUUUGGAAAGGCACCGUUUUAGAAGCUUGGAGCCACAGCAGUUUGGUCUUUAUAACAUCAAGUAUAUUGCCAGCGGUGAUUUCCAUUGUUUUGCCAUUGACCACAGUGACAAUGUUUACUCGUGGGGUUUGAACCAAUUUGGGCAAUGUGCGCUUACUGGCCAGAAUGGGGAGUUGGAAGACGGAUCUAUCUUGACCAAGCCCACACUAAUUCCAGAAUUAUCCGGUCUCGGAAUCAAACAGAUUGCUGCUGGCGAGCAUCAUACUUUGGCUUUAACCGAAACGGGAGAGGUACUUGCUUGGGGUAGAUAUGAUAUGAAAGAAAUUGGCAUACCAGAAAGUUUACUUCCCGAAUCGUCGUUCAAAGAUGCGCAUGGAAAAGUGAGGUCUGUGCCUAGACCUACAAAGUUAAAAUUUGGAGCUAAGAAGAGUCCAAAGAUUAAAACUAUUGGAGUUGGCUCUCAUCAUUCAUUUGCUGUUACUGAGGAUGGUUUUGUUUACGCGUGGGGUUUUUCGGAAACGUAUGCACCCGGUUUAGGUAAUUUGGAUGAAGAUGUAGAGCGUCCAACCAGAAUCGUUAAUACUGCUACAAAGUACGAAGAUAUCACGAUGAUCGGUGCAGGUGGUCAAUUUUCCGUUAGUGGUGGUAUCAAGAUUGACGAUGAGGAUAAGGCAGAGGACAGACUAGAGAAAUAUGAAGAAUUGGACGAAGAAUAG